CACGUGCACGUGUUUCAAGCCACGUCUUAUUGCAUAUACAUAUACAGCGUUGACAGCGGUGAGCACAUUAUGGCAGACGAAAGAAAGCUCCAACGGCGAGGGCCGCAUGACUCAGCAGCAAAAGUUAAUUAUUUACAAGAGCAGAUCAAUUUGGUAUUGCAGCAGCAACAACAAAUGGCCUUGCUCUUGCAACAGCAGCAGCAGCAACAGCAACAAGAGCAACAACAGCAGCCACAGCAGCAACAAGAGCAACAACACGGGCAACAAGACGGGCAAGAACACGGGAAACAACAGCAACUGCUGCAGCAACACAAGCAGCAGCAGCGACAAGAGCCUCAGCAAUCACAAAAUAUUGUUCGUCGUAAUGGUCCAGGACAUGGCUCCCGUGCCCGUUGGUACCGACAACGAGCAGGUUAUAGUUGGAGGGGCGGAAGAAGAGAACAAAAAAGAGAAAGAGGAGGAAGAGAGCAAGAACGAGGCAUAUUUGAAAGAGCAAGAAAUAUUAUUAUUAUUAAUAAUUAUUAAAAAUGUAUAAAAUAUAAUAAAUAUAUUUUAAUGUAAUGUAUAAAUAAUACAUAAUAAAAUAAAAAUUUAAGCUA